AUGUACAACAACCAGUCUGAUAGUAUUCGAGUUCCAGGCAAUACUCAUCCUUCCCUUACAUUGAGACCCAACCAAUAUCUAUCUGAUGAUGAAGAUGAAGAUUUCUUCUACUCUGCGCAAGGCACUCCCAUCUCGCGGCCUCAAUCCAUCAGGGUUUCUAUUCAAAACUUUGCUGGUUCUUACUCCCGUGCAUCCAUUCUCUACAUGGCAGAUGCUGUCUCAACACAGAACAGCCAGCAUGCUAAUGCAGCAGACAUGUCAGUUAUUGCACAUGAAGAUGAAGAGCAGCUCCUGUACAAGCCAAAUAAACCAAACAUGGAGAAUAGCAAAGUUUAUCGUACAUUCUCUGAACAAACAGCAGAUAUGAUGCACCACGCUGCAUACAGUAGCUUUGAGCCUCUCUCCCGUCAUACCACGGUGGCAUCGAUCAUUUCUCAACAGCUAUGCCUAGUGCCCUCAGCGACGGACCAGAAGCAUCCACAGGAUGAAGUGUGCUAUGUUGGUAAGAGUAGCUUUGUACAGUCUAUCUUUAAUGCAGUAAAUGUCCUUGUUGGUGUCGGUAUAUUGGCGUUACCUCUGUCUCUUCGCCUAGCCGGUUGGUUGUACGGGUCACUGAUCUUUCUUUUCUGUUGUGUUGCCACCAACUACACUGCCAAGGUCAUUGUCAAGUGUUUAAAUGCCAAUAAGCCAGAUAGCGGGGGAACGUACGGUGACAUGGGCCAAGUAGCUUUUGGAGAUAAAGGACGAACGCUGAUAAGCACAGUAUUUGUUAUUGAGCUUAUCACUAUAGGUGUGGCUAUGAUUGUUUUAUUAGGUGAUGGGAUACAAUCCUUGUUUCCAGAAUUGGACCUAAUUCGAACAAGAGCCCUUUCUCUCUGUAUUCUUACACCUACUGUGUUCCUACCCAUUAAGAAAUUAGCAUACACUAGUCUUAUUGGCAUUAUAGGCUGCGCAAGUCUAGUGAUUAUUGUAUUGUACGAUGGCUUGUCCAAAGAGCAACGGCCGGGCAGUCUUUUUGAUCCCAUGGAUACUGAAAUAGUUCCAAAUGAUACAUCCAAUUUACCCCUGAGUUUUGGAUUGAUCAUGUCUGGUUUUGCUGGUCAUGCUGUGUUUCCUUCGAUUUACCGCGAUAUGGAAAACCCGAAGGAAUACAAUCGCAUGGUCAAUAUCACAUACCAAAUUACUGCUGUCAUUUAUAUUUUAAUGGCUAUCGUUGGCUAUCUGAUGUUUGGCCAGGAAGCAUUGCAGGAAAUUACUCAAAACUUGGCGUUGGUUGAAGAAUACAGUCAAGUCUUGAACCGUUUUGCUAUUUGGUUGCUUGUUCUGACACCUAUUGCAAAAUAUGGCUUGAUGAUGCAGCCCCUAAACAUGAGCUGGGAGCUUGUAUUACUUAAUAACCCUCGAUUUGAGUCUUGGUUGAGUGUAAACUGGCGAAAGAAUGCGCUAACAAUCGUUGGACGAUCCCUCGUUACAGCUGUCCUGGUGUACAUUGCUUUAGUCUUUCCUGGGUUUGAUAAAGUCAUGUCUCUGCUGGGUGCUUUGUUUAGUUUCACAAUCUCUGUUAUCUUUCCACUUAUCUGCCAUUUGCAAUUGUUUAAGGAAAAGCUGUCUAUAUUUGAAACUCUCUUGAAUUGGCUCUUGCUAACUGUAUCUAUUCUUAUGGCUGUAUUUGGCACAAUUUGGAGCAUUCGGCCUAGUGAACUCUAA